AAUGGAUCGAAUCUACGUUGACGAGGAAACCGGCGAGAGUAUUGUUCUUCCAGAUUCCGACUGUGAAAUUCGACGGCUGGUCAGCUCGAUAAAUAACGUUGAGACGGGAGAGCCGGAGAUCAACGUGGUUGGAAUAGAAACCACUAAAAGUCGGAGAACACGCUUCCAGAUUCCGAAAGAAGUGAAGGAAACGUUAUCAAUUAAAGAUGGCACGUUAAGGAAAAGCGAGAACCUAAUGGAUUUAGAACCGGUCCCAGUUGGAGCAUCGUUCGGCCAAGUGAAUCCAAUUUGUUUGUUCUUUCUUGCUGUCCUAUGUUUCCGCUGGUUCUUGCCUAUACUAAUGUUCUUCGAGAUGUCGUUGCAUGUCUGGGCUCAUCAUAAAAACAAAACGUUGAAAGAUGCCAAUGUUUACUUCCGUUCUCCGUUCCAUGGGAUAUCGUCCGAGUUUUGCGCACUAUGUCAAAAUGAAACGUGCAUGAACCGUGUUGGGAAGAUGCAGCAAAUACGAAUGCAUAAGUUCCUGCGACAGUGUAAUUACAUGAAGAGAGUUGUAACGUGAAUAGCUUGUCAUUGUUGAGGGAACAUUGCGAAUAUUAGUUAAACUCUGAUGCUGGAAA